AAUUGGUCUUUUCGCAGUUAUGGACUUUGGUGAACUGCGGUAUAUAUAAUGAUGAAUGUGACGUCACAAUUUAACAGAUGUGAUGCAUCUUUUCGUUUACGAAAAACCAUAGAUGACGUAAUUGAAAUAACACGUCAUAGUUAAAUAUAAGCAGUGACUAUAGUCACUGUAUAUAUAUUCGUUGAUAUAAGUAUGGCGUAGGGCGGUGUCAUGUGUCACUAUUUCGAUCGAUAAUUGUUUUAACGAUAGUGUUCAAGCCGAUCGUUGAGCGUCGCCCAUUUUAUGUAUCAAUAGACACUGUGCAUUUUUCUGUUAUGCAUUACCCAUUAGAAAUUAUUCUUGCCCUGUUUACGUGAGGAAAUGCUAAUCAAACAGAACAAAGAGGUUAUAUAGAGUUCUCAUUUUGACAGGCGCAAACACCGAGCCACACCGAGCUCUGUGGUGGGACAAUAAGGAAAGGCGGUUAAAAAGUCGCACAGUAGAAGACUGACCGUCGUUAGUUGAACAGAGUUUGAACUCGUAGUAUCACGUAGUAUAUUAAGCUUCAGUGAUAUUUAUUAACUAUUUUUUAUUUUCUGAAAUCGUAAAUAAAUAGCUAUCAGAAUAAAGAUAAAAGAUAAGAAAAACAAUGACCGAGAUGGAUAAUAAAAAGACAGAACACAUUGUCAUGACACCAAAAUGUAAAACUGCAAAUUCUACAACACUUAUAAUAGAAAGGCAAGUUUUAGAACCACCAGCAGAAAAUGGAAAUGAAAACAAUGUUCACAUUGCUGGAGGGGAUCAUAAAGGAAUAGUUAUUAAUAAGCAAGCAGCUUCUGUUACAAAUGGUGAAAUUCAUCCAGCACAUCUUUGUUUACAAUUCAGAGUAUUUUUGGUAAGUGCUCAAACUGGAAAGCACACGCAGGAAUCAAGAACUCUUCAAUUUUGGUUUUCUGGUACAUUAUCAGAGAGUGAACAUCCUAGUGUAGCACAAGAAUUUUUCAGGGAAUUAGUGAGUCCACAAGAAUUUCCAAGAGAUUAUGUUGGUUUUAUAAAAAAAAUAAUGAAAUUAAUGUUACACAAGUACCCCACUAUUAAAAAGAUAGAAGUAGAAUUGAGACAGCUUGAAGAACCAAUAACUCUUCCAACUAGACCAUCUGAUACUGGUCACAUACAAUUGACACUUCCAUAUAAGAAAAUUAUUUGGAAAUCAGUGUCAACAGAUGAAACAGUUAUGGGACAAGUAAUUGAACUGACAUUAGAAAAAGUAUUAGAACUUAUUGAGUCAGCUUAUCCAAAUCCAGUAACAGUUACUGAUAUGGCAAAAGAACAUGGGUGGGAUCCUUCUGCUGUUGAAAUAAAGUUAAAAGAAUUACAAGAAAAGGGUGUUGUUAAAGCAAUGGAACAUGGAGCUUUCACUAGAGUUGUGCACCAAGAUACUCAAGUUCAAGUCGUAAAACAAAUGCCAACUAUGGCAAGUGCAAAACAACCAACUAUAGCAAUUAUUACUGCACAGUAUUGUGAGAAACUGGCAGUUGAUUCAAUGAUUGAAAACAAAGAGACGUUUGUUCGUUAUACAACUGUUGGUACGGCAAGUUCACCUGAUGCGACAGACGGAGUACCGCGAGUGAUAUGCCGUUUCGGUGAAUCAAAUGUUUAUACAUUAGGUAAUAUUGGUGCACACAGAAUUGUAUGUACAAAGCUACCAACUGUAGGUCAUACAAGAGAAGCAAUGACUGCAGCAGGAAAUACAACUACUAGAUUAUUAGGUACAUUUCAAAAAGUGGAUUUCGUUUUUCUAAUCGGAAUUGGAGGAGGUGUGCCACAUUAUACAGAUUAUAAUAAACAUGUACGACUCGGUGACGUGGUUGUUUCAUAUCCUGCUCCUGUUAAUAAAAAGUACAUCUAUGCUUAUUGUGAAAGUGCAAAGACGAACGAAAGUGGUGAUUAUCAUUUUGAAACCAAAGAAUACUGCCCACCAAAUUUAUAUCUUCAAGAAAUUGCUGCCAAUCUUAGAGACCAAUCGGAGAAUGAACCAAAUCCUCCAUGGCAAAAGUACCUGAAAGAAGGUUUAGAUGCAUUAAGUAAUCAAACGGAACAUGAUUUUAAAGCACCACCGCCGGAAUCUGAUAAAUUAUACAUGGCUAUUGGUGAAAGAGAUGUUAUUGAAGUUGCACAUCCUACUGCGCCCUCCGAUGCUGUAAAUAAAAGGGUGGAUGGUUGUUCACGCAUUCAUUUAGCUCCAGUGGCAUCCGGUAGACAUAUCGCUCGCGACGAUCAACUUAGGCAGAAAUUUGCGGCUCGUUUUCGAGCCCUCGCAUUCGAUGCAGAAAUGGACGCGGUAGUUGAAAGUAUUUUGGGUAAUUGCCGUGAAAGUUUCGCCGUUAUUCGAGGUAUUUCUGAUUACAAAGAUGGCUCCCGUAUAAAAGAAUGGCAGCCCUAUGCGUCCUUAGCUGCUGCUAGCGUGAUGAAAUCUAUCAUUUGCGCUAUGGAUCCACCCACUAAUGUGUAAUAUCCUUAUUGAACAUUGCUUUUCCUUUCAUUCCGCAUAGUAUGUUAUGCGUAAGAGUAGUGUAAUUUUUUUGCAAUUUCUAUUUUAUGCAGCAUUUCUAUACAAGGUGGACCAACUAUUUUUAUUGAUUUAAAAUAAUUAACGCGCUUGAUAUAAAUCAAGCGCGAAAAUUGCAUAAUAAUUAUUCAGUGAACAAUUUAGUUUUAUUUUCCGGGGUCACUUAAUAGAUGUCGCAUUGAAAAUGCGACAUAAAUCAAUCAUUUGUCUUACGAUCAUCAGAAAGUAUGAUUGUGAUUGAAACUUAUGAUAGUAAGAUGCACCAAGUGCAUUUUAAUUAAGGAAAUUAUAGUUAGUACGAAUGACUCUUUAAACGGUAGGAAUCAAUAAUACAGUACGCUCACGCUUUCUAAAUCAUUUCUAUAUCGCUCAAAAAUUAUACACCUAAUGAAUGAAAAUUCAUUUUGAGACAGCUGUUUGGAGAACACUUUUUACAAUCUUUGCAUUUAUAAAGAACGUAUACCUUUUCAAAACUAUUAAUCUAAUAUUUAUAUCCAUUUGUACUGUUAUUAGUUUUAUGUGAUUUUGAAAAUUUUAUAGGAUUUACAUGCAACUAUUAUUCUUUUAUAUUGCUUAAGUACGAGGUUGAGAAAUUAAUGUACAGUAUCGAGUACAAUAGGCUUCCCUAAGGAAAAUGGCGUUAUAGGGACCGCUUGUGAAAAGUGAUGGGAACUUGAGGAAGGGAAAGCCUUCGAGGAGGAUCGGGAACCUGGAAAUCUGGGGAGUUCUAUGGCGAGGACUAUGAACUCUGAAACCCAAAAAUCCGGCCAAGCCCGGGGGGGGGGGGGGGGCAAUUGUCAUUUUCCCCAGGGAAGCCUUCCAUUCUCAAUACUAUACAAGAUUAAUCAGUUCAGUGAUCCUAAGACUGGUGCCAUUUUCAUUUGCACACGCGUAGAUUCUUUAAAAGUCUAUUACAUAGCAAAACAAUACAUUUCACAAUAUGAGAGAUCAUAAUUUUUGCAAUAGUUAUGUAGUUUAAUUAUUGUAACAAUAAGGUCCUCGAAUAUCAAAUCUUAUCGGACAGGAUCCGAAUUAAAAUAGAUAGAACCAUGAAAAGCUUUAAAUGAAGCCUUGGGUGUAGUCAGCAAAACAAUUUAAUCGUAGAAUGUGAUAUCUAACAUUGAAAGCAGAAAGUAAUUUGGCAGUAUUUAUUGAAACGCAAUCAAUGUGUCGUUAAAACAUUGUCAUAGGAAAUAUUACAUGUUUAUCAGAGUAUAUUGCCGUUUCAAACAGAGUUGCCGACUUUAUUCGUGGGUCAUAAAUGUGUAUAUCCACAGAAUUGGGAGAGCUAAAAAAGUAUAAAUAUAUGAUACCGUCCGAAGGUUUGAUUGUACUUUCAGAAAUAACAGCAGCAUAGCGAGUAUUUCUAAGUAUGGUAUCCCUUUUCAUAAACCUAUUAAAUACAACAAGUGAAAGAUAUGCUUUCACUAAAAUCAGUACAUAAAUACAAUUUAUUUGUAUAUAAAAUUAAAGGAUCAUAGCAAAUUUUUUUUUACCUAUUAAUUAUGAUUCUUUUCUUGUAUAGUCAUUGGAUAUAUUAUUAUUCUAAUGCAUUUAAAUUGAUUAAAGUUUCACAUUUUAUUUUUGUAUGUAUUCUACAAAUCACCUACCAAAAUUUAAAAAAAUACAGAAAUUCCAUUGUAUUGUACAUAAUUUUAUCUAAAUUAAUAAGUGCAAUUAAAACUUUGGAUGGUAGUAUACAUACCAAAUACAUUAGAAAUUGUACAAUUAAUUAAAAUUAAUUAAUCCAAGUGCCAAUGUGUUCAAUAUAUUUGGUUGAUGGGGAAGUAAGGGAAAUAUCUCUGAAAGAUAAAGAAAUUAGAGGUAUUCCAGAGAUCAAAUUAUCAACUUUCAAUCAUUAUUACAUAAUCAGAUUAAUAGUUAAACCUGAAAUUGAACUGAAUUUUGUUUACAAGCAAUAUUUUACUUUAUCUUUUAGAGUGGUAUCCUCGUUGCCAGCAAAACAGACCAAAAUAUUACUGAAUUGUAUUGUCUCUUUAAAAAGUCGACGCGAAUAUUCAAAGGUUUAAGAAACCUUAAUAGAAAAAAAGAAAGGAAAUUCAAUACCUUUAAGGUUUGUUGAAGAACCUUUCAAAAUGUAACUUCCUCGCAUUUCAACGUCUUGAUAGAUUCUAAAGCACAGGGUAGCAUAUGAGAACUCUAUAUAGUAUAAUAUUUAAGUGACAUGCAACUAUCGGAUUCGAGCAUAAAUCUAAACGAUUAGAAAAGUAGUACAUACAUGUAGACAUAAGUAAGUACACAUGCAUUGUUAACAGCAUCAAAAUCUUAGAAUUCAACCUGGAUCGUGAUGAUAUUAAUUCGGUAUUUGUCAUUGAUUGUCACUGAGAAGCUCUUUAUUUAUUUAUUUAUUUGUUUGUUAUUUAAAGACAUUUAUAUUUUAUAAUUUACAAAAUAUGUAAACAAUUUUCAUUUCACGAAUGUUAUUUAGUUUUUAUUGUUUUGAAUGAACAGGAUGUUCAGCUUGUAAAAAAUAUUUCAUACAAAAAUGUUUCUAUUUCAAACAAAAAACAACAAGUAGCAGAAAAUUCAGUAAAAAAAGAAGACUGUUUUAACUUUCAUUAAUAACACCAUAUCACUGUUAAAUUUUAACUAAUACCAUCAUUGCUGUUUUGGAUGUUAUUGACUUUAUUUAAAAGUAAAUAUAAUUCCUGGAUAUUGCAUGUUUGGAAUAGAUCAGUUUUUGUAUUCAAUAUUUUUUGUCAGAACACUGGUGAGCACUCUGUAUAUAUGAUAUUGAUAUAUUAGGUGAAAGAUAAGAGUAGAAAAAAAGGGAGUAACAGGACCUCAGAUUAAUCAAUGAAAAAAAAAGAAAAAAAAAAACAAAUCACUUGUUGCGUAGAAGCACAUUUUUCAAAUUCUAUAUAGAGAAUGAUUAUCAUAUAAUAUAUAUGUAUUAUUAAAUACAGACACACGAAUACGUAAAUACAGAUAUACAGUUAUUUAAAAUAUUUAAUAUAUAUAAAAAUAUUAUAUAAGUUUUAUUAUGUGGUAAAACUCUUAAGUUCAAUUUACCUGAUAACAGAUUCCUACUUAUAAGGCCUAGACGUUAUUUUGUAUGGCACGAAUGAACUUUGUUGUUACGUUUAAACGGGGCUUUCGGGCUUCAAGCUUCCAUACUUACGCAUUUACAAGAUUUGUGUUAAUAUCGGGCGCUUUAAACGCUAGUCGCACUAUUGUGUUUUCUGUCUGUUUUACAUGUAGCCUGUAUCGUUAAGUGAUCGAUGCCUGCCAAAAGUUUGGAACCGCUGUACAAACCAUAGAUCACAGAGAUCUACAAAAAAUAAACAAUUUUUAUUAAAUUUUGCGGCUUUACUUACUAAAACCAUUUUUCUUUCGUUCUUCAAUGUUGCAAGAAACUGAGAUAUUUGCAUUUAGUUGUAAUUAAAAUAAUCAGAUUUCCUAUGGUUUCUUAUUGCACAUGUAUAUUAUUUUAAAAUUAUUAGAACAAUUAUCAAAGUAUUUGGAUGUGUAUGAGUAAUGUAAAUCAAGUUUUUGUAUAUUACGUAAAAUUUGACUUGCAAAGUUACUACGAAGCUGAUUGUAAAAGACUCAGUUAUUAAUAAGCCAAGGUCCAGAAGUGGUAUCCUCAGACUUCAAUGUUUUAAAAAUAGCAAAACUUCAAAGUAGUUGUGGAAUUACAACUCAUUCGUUAUAUCGUCCAUAAAAUAUUUGAUAAAUAGGUGAUUCCAAACUUUUAGUUGGCAGUGUAUAAGACGUCUCAUACAGCUGGGAUAAGCUAUGCCUCUAAAAUGGUAGAAGAUUAUAUAUUUUUUUAAACGUCAAACAAUGCAUUUUGUUAUUCUGUAUGAAAAGGUAUUAGGGACUUGGGUCGAAAAUGAAUUAGUUCAAAAGAUAUUUUAGGAAGAGACAGGGAGAGCUUAGGGUCUAACAAAUUUUUAUGGAAUUGUAUACUUUGUUACAUGUCAAUCGAAGCGUAUUUUUUUUCUGUAUAAAAAAGUAUGAAGGGUCGAAAAUUGAAUGGUUUAAAAGAUAUCCGAGGGAGAGACCACCAGACUCUACCUGUCUCUCCCUAAGAUAUUUUUUUAAUUAACCAAUUUUUAACCCAGGUACUUUAAUACUUUUUUGUAGAUAAUAAAAAGACGCUUCGAUUGACGUAUAGAAAGUUAUGUAUCUAAUUCUGUUUUAUAAAGAGAAGACAACCUUGAAAUCUUUGGAACCGCUUCAUUUCCGGUACCGACACUUGCAUCACAUGAUGUUCCAUUCGACAUCAUUUAAUUUUUUCCAAGACUUUUCUUCUAUCUUAUACAAUUUUAGAGCUGUAGCUUGGCCCAGUUGCAUGGGACACCCUUAUCUACGUCCAGCUGGUUUGUAUUUAACACUUUCGUUAAUAACACUCAUUUGAACAGUCACUUGUAAUAAAUCAUACAAUUAUUAAUUUGCUAUAAUAUAUUUUCUAAAUAUGAAAUAGAAAAUGAAAUCAUUGAACUUUUUUUACGCAUUGUACUAUUCUUUAUAUUUAAAUAUAAAUUAAAACUGAGUUUCUUAUUAGACAUGCAAAAUGAGAAUUCUAACGAACGUGUAAAGUGAAACUUAUUUAGCUUCCGUAAUGUACAUACAAUCACAAUGGAUUUCAAUUUUGUCCAGUAGAAGCUAAUGUCUUAAACAUUUAUUGUAACUAUUACAUGCCAUUUUGAUUCGAAAAAAUAAUUUAUCGUUCUAAUUUAGUAACUAAUGACUGUAAUGUGUGUUGAAAGAAGUUUUAAAGGUUCAGAAAUGAAAAUUUAUGCUUCUUUAUGCUUAUAUUCGAGUAGUCUUCCGGCCAUCAGAAUGAUUCAUAUUGAGAUGAGACCUUGCUUAGAUAUUGCCUGGUUAACAAAAUGGGUGCCACCGAAACGUUUUCCAUGAAAUUAUAUACUAAUUUUCACACGAAUUAGACAUCACAUUGGCGCAUUUUCUCAAAAUCGUGGAAAAAGGUUUAUUUCUAUUAAUUUAUGGAUUAAUUGUGUAUAAUUUUCUGGUAGAUAGUUCCAAUAUUUAAGUUACAACAUUUUUGAAAAUAUGUCAGUCCAGGGUUAACGAGGUUGGUGUUGUAAUAUUUCAUGACGAAAUCAAAUUUUGGAAAAGAGACAACAAGAUUGAAUUUAAUGGUAAUUAGAAGAAUGAUAGUAAUUUCGGUGAAUGUUUUGGUAGCUUCCAUGAUUAGUAGCAUUUUAUUAGAAUUACAAUAUUUACAGGGGAAGAGGAAACAAAGUGUUGUGUCUAAUUGUAAGUUACUUCAACGCGGAAGAGAAACUGUGAUAAUAUCUGGGCUUUUCUGCGUGAAGUAAGGAAAAGUACACAUAGAGAGAGCUAUGAUGGAAAUACAGUGACUCAAACAUUUUUUCACGUAAAAGUUUUAUUUGUUGCGCAAAAUAACUGUAUGUUAUUGAUUUAAUGAUAUGAACGCGCGCAAUAAUUAAGAUAAAUGAAACAUAAUGCAAUAACUUUAGCAUUCAUUCUUUGUGAAUUAUUUAUUCAAAAUCUCACAGUAAAAUAUAUUAUUCUUAAAGUUUGUAAAUGCGUAAACAAAUAUGAGUCAUUGUAAAUUGGAUCCCGAAUGUUCGAUUCUGUUAUAAAAUAGGUAAUAUGGUAUGCGAAAAGAAAAAGUAAAAAAUACAUUUUUGUUAAUAUUUAGUAUAAAAACAAAUGACAGCAUAUAAUUUUGUUUAAAGGGAAAAAUUUUUGUUCAAAAAUAAUUUUGUUCCAGGGGUGAGAAUUUGUAAAAAUCAAGAUAAGACAAAUUUAUAUGAAAGUACUAUUUUUAAUUUCGACAGGUGAAGAAAUCUUUUCGUAUCAACUUCACGUAGAUCUUUAUGAAAUUUCAUCUCCAUAAUGUGGUUUCAAUAAAUAAAGGUCCAUUGUUCCUAUGUUUAUUGCUAUAUAUUUUGUGUAUAACAUAGUGUUGUAAUUCUUUUGUAUAUUAAAUUUGUGUACAAUUU